UCAAAACUUCUCAUAUUCGUAGGCGGGAACAUGGCAAAAAGGAUGAACAUAAAAGAAAACCAUUUGUGAUGCUUUCUAAUGUUGAUAAGGCGUUUUGCGUGGAGACGUACAUUUCUAGCAAAUCCUUUGACCAUACCCGAAGACUGCUUGUAAGAAAACUUGGCUGGGAUCACAGAAAGACCCCCCUUGCACCAAACAAUGUCACGAUCAACAGAUGGGUCAAUGAAUUCCGAGGUGGCAGACUGUUUCUCAGGAAAAAGGGCAGCGGCAGACCUCGCUCGGUCCGCUCAGAGGAGGCCAUCCGGCAAGUGGAGCAGUCCGUCCUGGAGAGUGGAGAGCCCAGAAAGGUCGGUAAGGCAUCGGGCUCAAAGUCUUGGACUGAAACGGACCACACUGAACAAGAUCCUGCGCAAAGACCUGCGCUUCCAUCUAUACAGGAUACAAGUUCGCCACAAGCUGACACCAGAGGACAAGAAUAGGCGUGUAAAAAUGGCGAAGUGGUUCACCAAGCAUCCCGCUGUCUUCGACCGUCUCUGGUUCAGUGAUGAAGCGCACUUCUGGCUCAGCGGGCACGUGAACUCUCGCAACGCGGUUCACUGGGGCUCCAAGGUGCCUGACAAGGUGCUGACCAAGCCACUCCACUCCGAGAAAGUGUCAGCGUGGAUCGCCAUGAGACGAGGAGGCGGUCUGAUCGGACCAUUCUUCUUCGAGAAUGAGCGUGGGGUGGCCCAGACGCUCAACGCGGAGCGGUACGUCGGCACCGCCCUCCGGCCCUUCUGGGAGGAGCUCCAAAGGAAGAAUGGCGUUGAUGUCAAUGAAGAAUGGAUCCAGCAAGACGGAGCCACUCCCCACACCGCCGCUGCAUCGCGAGCCUGGCUCCAGGAGCGCUUCCCAGACAGGGUGAUCAGCCUAAAGGAGGAGGUCAAGUGGGCGCCCCACUCGCCUGAUCUGAGUCCGUUGGACUUCUUCCUCUGGGGAUACCUGAAGGCUAGGGUCUACGCAGAGAAGCCGAAGACAUCGGAGCAACUGAAGCGUGCCAUCAUCAUGGAAGUCGGCCGCACGCCCACCGAAAUGGUGGGCAGGGCAGUCGACCACCUGGAGACCGUGCGGCUGCCCCAGGUGAUCCGCCGGAGUGGUGCUCACACCGAGCACCUUCUUUGAGAGGUUGCUAUGACUGAAAUGUUGAGUGCGAAUGUCUUUGUCACGCAUCGUUGUUUUGCCAUUCGAUUUGGAAUAUAAUCAUAUAUGAAUUUUUAACCUUGUAUGCGUAUUUCCGAUUUUAUCACAGAAAACCUCAGUAUCAUUUUUCCGGACACCCUGUACGAUCGAACUUGCCCUGUACGAACGAACACUCGAGACUGACGGAAUUGAAUGGACAUGGACACAGACUAAGGUAAAAGACGACACAAUUCUUAUUUGAGCUUUGUAUAUGUAUGCCACCCAACACAACAGCACAACAGCAAGACACUUUUAUUGACUUACUAACGGACAGUAGCCGUGUUUACAUAGGGUUCCCUUAAUCUUCCCCUAUUUCUCCCCUAUUUUCAGAUCGAAUUUUAGGCUUCAUAGCGCUCGCGUGUAACGUUGCUAUGGACGCUAUUGUUGUUAGAAGCAUACAAAGCAUCGUUUAUGCUGUAAACAAUAUGAAUUGGGCUUAUUUAAUACUCGAAAUUCAACAAUUCAUAUUUUGAAGUAAUUUUAUCCUGC